AUGGUUUUCAUAGAAAGGGGAGAGCUUGUGUCCAAGGCGAGUACCAGUGCCCGCCAACUGGUGGAAGACGAGUUUGGAUCAACGACGUCAACAUCAUGUGGGCGCAAAGUUGAUUUGAGCAUCAGGAUCCAGGUGGACAACGGGUGGAAAACGGAGAUUGCCAUCUUUGAGUUCAAGGCAUCGACCUCUACCAGGCAGAUGUGUGAAAAGCAGCAGAAGAAGUCGGCCCGUUUGAACGCAGCGAUCCUGUUGGAACUGGAGGCGCGCGGGCUUGAUCUUCAACACAGCUAUCCUAUUAUUGCCGAAGGUAGAGGUCUUGGCCUUGACUUUUACACCCUAAGGCGCUAUGACGAUAUUCUUGGUGCUGGGCGGUCGACUGCCAAGGGCCUAUCAUUGCCCUCACAAGUCUCCCAGCUAAAGACAUUCCUGCAGUCAAACAGCAUCUUAACUCUGCUCUCGUUCAGGGAGCAUCUGAGGAGAUAUGCGGUGGACGUUGUUGAUGUCUUGGCAAUGUCGCCAUCGACCCCAUUCGGUGAUGGCAACGAGGAUGAUCCUACGUCAACCCCCGACGAUCCCUCAUUAACCCCUGACGAUCCCUCAUUGACCCCUGACGAUCCCCCAUUGACCCCUGCCGAUCCUCCUGCGCGGCAAUGCACUCCUCCUCCCAGAAAGAGGCCCAGCCCGUUCAUCCUGUUCUCGCCAUCGAAGAAGGACAAGAUUCAUGCACACGCAGACGAUAAUGACGACGACGAUGAUGGGCAGUUGUAGUGCCUUGCCUUGCAUCUUAUCUGAAAAUGUGGCGUUAUCUUUCAUGUAAGCCACAAGAGUUAGCCAGUAACUCUUACUAACUUUAAGAUCCUUGCCUUACCUUUUCGCGUAUAUUUACUCGUAAAGUCUCUUUUACCCAUGUACGUAUACAAGUCGAAAGCUGGAUAGAUGCAACA